AUGCAGGAGAUUGGGAGAGUGGACCGUUUUUGUUAUCUUGGUGAUACACUUAAUAGUGGAGGCGGUUGUGAAAUUGCGGUGGCAUGGAGAAGUAGGGUUGGAUGGUCUAAGUGCAAUGAGCUGGCCAUGGUACUGUGUGGCAGAAGGUUCUCAUGGGGAAUAAAGGGUAGGAUUUAUAAAGCCUGUGUAAGAUCAGCAAUGGUGUAUGGUGCCGAAACAUGGAACAUAAAGACAACUGAAGAGGGAAUUUUUAGAAGAACAGAAAGAGCAAUGAUAAGAAAAAUGUGUGGUGUUAAGCUGGCAGAAAGAAGGAACACAAAGGAGCUUAUGGAACCUCCAGGUCUAAGUGAAACAAUUGUUGAGGUUGUUAUGAGAAGUUGCUAG